CUUCUGGAAAGAGACUCCCCUUUCCGAGAGCGUCUCAGCCCGAGCAGCGCGCUCUUCCUACCGGCGACACUUCUCACUUCUACACGCUGGUCGUGCCGCUUCGCCAUGGCUGCCGUGAAAGCGCUGAACCCUAAAGCAGAGGUGGCCAGAGCCCAGGCCGCCCUGGCCAUCAACAUCAGCGCGGCCCGGGGGCUGCAGGACGUACUGCGGAGCAACCUGGGACCGAAGGGGACCAUGAAGAUGCUGGUGUCUGGUGCGGGGGACAUAAAGCUGACCAAAGAUGGAAACGUCUUGUUACAUGAGAUGCAAAUUCAGCACCCGACGGCGUCGCUGAUCGCGAAGGUGGCCACAGCGCAGGACGACAUCACGGGAGACGGCACCACCUCCAACGUGCUCAUCAUCGGCGAGCUGCUGAAGCAGGCGGACCUCUACGUCUCUGAGGGUCUUCAUCCGAGGAUCAUCGCCGAAGGGUUUGAGGCGGCGAAAGACAAAGCGCUGACCGUCCUGGAGGAAGUGAAGGUCACUCGGGAAAUGGACAGAGAGACCCUCAUCAACGUGGCUCGCACCUCCCUCAGGACCAAGGUCCACGCAGAGCUGGCUGACCUGCUGACUGAGGCUGUGGUCGACGCUGUGCUCGCCAUCGCCAAACCAAACGAACCCAUUGAUCUCUACAUGGUGGAAAUCAUGGAGAUGAAGCACAAGACGGACUGCGACACACAACUGAUCAGAGGUUUGGUGCUGGACCACGGAGCCAGACAUCCCGACAUGAAGAAGAGGGUGGAGGACGCCUACGUGCUGACCUGCAACGUCUCCCUGGAGUACGAGAAGACGGAGGUCAACUCCGGCUUCUUCUACAAGAGCGCCGGGGAGCGGGAGAAGCUGGUGGCGGCCGAGAGGAAGUUCAUCGAGGAGCGCGUGCAGAAGAUCAUCGCCCUGAAGAACAAAGUCUGCCCCAACGGGGAGAAGGGCUUCGUCGUCAUCAACCAGAAGGGCAUCGACCCGUUCUCCCUGGACGCCCUCGCCAAGGAGGGCAUCGUCGCGCUCCGCAGGGCCAAGAGAAGGAACAUGGAGAGGCUUACCCUCGCUUGCGGCGGCAUCGCCAUGAAUUCAGUGGAUGAUCUCACGCCCGAGUGUUUGGGAAACGCCGGUCUGGUUUAUGAACACACGCUGGGAGAGGAGAAGUACACGUUCAUCGAGAAGUGUGGAAACCCUCGCUCGGUCACCCUGCUGGUGAAGGGACCCAACAAACACACCCUCACACAGAUCAAAGACGCGGUGCGGGACGGUCUGCGGGCGGUCAAGAACGCCAUUGAGGACGGCAGCAUAGUGUCCGGCGCCGGGGCGUUCGAGGUCGCCGUGGCAGACGCCUUGGUAAAACACAAACCCAACGUGAAAGGCAGAGCCCAGCUGGGAGUCCAGGCUUUUGCAGACGCCCUCCUGAUCAUCCCCAAGGUCUUGGCCCAGAACUCGGGCUACGACCCCCAGGAGACCCUGCUGAAGCUGCAGACGGAGUACAAAGAGUCCGGCCAGCUGGUGGGAGUCGACUUGAGCACAGGCGAGCCGAUGGUGGCCGGAGAGGCCGGCGUUUGGGACAACUACAGCGUGAAGAAGCAGCUCCUCCACUCAUGCACCGUGAUCGCCAGCAACAUCCUGCUGGUGGACGAGAUCAUGCGAGCCGGGAUGUCUUCCCUCAAAGGUUAAAGGUCACCGAAAGAGGCCGCCGCCGUUCUCAUGCUCACGGGGACCGUUGUUCACCCGACGUUCCGGUCGACGCGUUCCCUCCUCUCGGCACUCUGAAGCACCCCCGCUGGACGGACGUCCCGCCGUCAGCGUUCAGUCACCACAGCGUCUGUCAGAUAUCAUCGUCAUCGGUCGACUUUUUUUUUUUUUCUUCGUGGAUUUUUCAACGCCUCCCCCCUCAAAUGAUUGGUUUAUUUAUGAGAUUUUGUUUAAAAAAAAAAACGGAAAAAGCACUGACCUCUGCCACUCAGUUUUCUUUCUACUCAUUAAAGGUUUU